AUGGCAUACCUCCUAUCAGCUCCAAUUGAUUUCCAAGGCCAAAAAGAUGUCGAAAAAUACACUCACACCCUCCUCAUAUUCACCGGCGUAACAGCCUUCCUCAUCGGCUUCAUAAACCAAAACCUGGCAUUGACAAUGGGUAUCAUGGGUGGCGGACUUGCUGUUGUCUUUUUGUUGGGAUUACCACCAUGGCCAAUAUACAAACAACAUCCAGUCAAAUGGUUACCCAAAUCUACAGCUGCUGGCGAAGCGCAGCGUGAAAAGACAGUGUGGAAGCAAGUAUUGGGGGUCAUUGGUCUGUGA